AUGCCCGGUUGGGAGCCGCGCCAACAUAGGCAUAGUCGAUGGUACCGCUGCCUGCCAACGAAGGAUCCAGAAGUACCAUUGCGCAACUUUUUCCUGUUCAUACGGCGGUUUUUCAACCUGAUCCUCUUCCUGACGCUGGAGGUGAUCUGUUGCGUGCUGAUUGCCAGGACAAAUACCCUGCAAGGAAACGAACUGUUGAAUUCCAGUAAUGCGGUCAGUGGCUAUUUCUAUAAGCAACAGAAUGCAUUGACCUAUUACUUCCGGCUGCGUCAGAUGAAUGAUAGCCUGAUCAAUGAGAACCAGCGGCUGCAUAUGGAGAUCGCGGGCAAGUAUUAUACUACCGAUACCUUGCGCGAUAAGCUGGUGACCCGUAUUGUGCAGCCGGCCGACUCAUUGCAUGUGGUACAAUAUGCCAGCUAUAUUUACCGGGAGGCCCGCGUGAUCAAUAAUUCAGUAGCUAAGGAUAAUAAUCACCUUACCCUGAACCGGGGGGCUAAUGACGGGAUCCGCGAGGGCAUGGCCGUGAUAUCGGGCAACGGGGUUGUGGGUAAGGUGGUACAUACCUCGGCUCACUACGCCGAUGUGCUGUCUAUAUUAAGUGAAAUACAACCGCGCCUUAAAGUUUUCGGUCAGCUGGGUUUCCUUGGUGGCGCCGAGGAUGGCUGUGGUCACAUUGGGAUUGCGAAUGCACCAGGCGAUCGAUAA